AUGGCAGACAACACACGUUCCAAGCAGCACCUCGAUGCCCUCCAGAAGCAAGUGGAUUCUCAGCAAGAAGACAUGCAAAAUGUACAUGGAAGGUUAGAUCAUUUAUCCGAAAGAAUAGAACAAUUUACUGAUAUGAUAAGAACUAUGAUGGCACACCAGAAUAAUAAUAUUAAUAGAGAGUUACAAGUGGGUCCUGAAGGGGAGUUACCUCCCAGAGGUAUGGCUCUUAGGGGAGUCCGUUGGGAUUUUCCCCAUUUUAAUGGUGAUAACCCAGCAGGGUGGGUUUUUAAGGCCACACAAUAUUUGGAAUUCCAUCAAACACCUCCUGCACAGAGGUUAUUAAUGGCUUCUUAUAAUAUGGAGGGUGAAGCCUUGGUGUGGUACCAAGACGCUGCUGAGUCCAGGCAGUUUACUUCAUGGGAAACAUUUGUGAGGGCCUUAUUAUUACGGUUUGGCCCUACGGCUUAUGAUGACCCUAUGGAAGCACUUACAAGACUUAAACAAACUUCAUCUGUAGCGAUGUAUAAAGCCCAGUUUGAAGCAUUAUCGAAUCGCUUGAGGGGGUUGUCCGACCAUCAUAAGCUGAGUUGCUUUAUGAGUGGACUAAAAGAUGAGAUUCGCCUACCCAUUCGCAUGCUAAAUCCCAUUAAUCUAGGGGCAGCCUUUGGCUUAGCUAAAAUUCAAGAGGAGUAUCUAGCCUUUACCAGGAGUGUUUUCAGAUCGGGACCUGACAGACCAUUCACACAAUCUGGAAAUUAUUCACAACAGCAAGGCCAAUCAAGUGACAACAGUUUUAAGCCAAAAUAUACAACACCAAAUAGAAGGAUUUCAUCCACGUCUAUGGAUGAUAAACGCCGCAAGGGGCUUUGUUUCCAUUGUGAGGAAAAAUGGAACCCAAAUCACGUGUGUAAGGCUCCAAAAAUGUAUGUGCUACAAGGACAUAAUGAAGUGGAAGAAGCUGGGGGAGUGGACUGUGAAGAAACUGAGGGGAAUGUGCUGGAUAUGGGGGAACCUUCAACUCCCUUACCAAUUCUAACCAUGGAAACUAAACCAGAAAUUUCCCUAAGUGAAAUUUCUGGAAUGCCAAGUGCCAAUACGAUGAGACUCCUAGGAAUAAUAGGCCAGAAAGAAGUGGAGAUCCUUAUCGAUUCAGGGAGUACACACAGUUUUAUUGACUCAUCCAUUGCCUUGAAAACCAAACUCAGAGUUGAUACGAUUAAGGGGAUGUCUGUCAAAAUAGCUAAUGGUGACAUGGUGCACAGUGAAGGUUAUUGCAGUAAUGUACGUACCAGCAUUCAAGGUAAUCAAUUUUACCCUUCUUUUUACGUCUUAUCUUUGGGGGGUUGUGAUAUUGUCUUGGGGGUAAAUUGGCCAGUGACUUUGGGCCCAAUUCUCUGGGAUUUUUCAAAGUUGACUAUGGAAUUUACUUAUGCAAAUACACGGGUAUGCUUAAAGGGUCUAAGUCCUUCUGGACUAUCUUUUGAGGAGGGCAGUAAAUCCCUCUUGCAGUCCAUUAGUAAAGGGAAGAGGUUGUUAUUACAAUUGGUGGGUACGGAGCUAGAACAAAAGUCAGACAUUAUUCCGGGCGAAAUUAAGAGUAUCUUAGACCAAUUCCAGCAAGUUUUUGAUACUCCCAAAGGGUUAGCACCCUUUAGAGCUCAUGACCAUAAGAUUAUUUUAAAGGAGGGCACUCCACCCAUUCAAUCCGACCAUACUGUUACCCUUUUUAUCAAAAGGCAGAAAUUGAAAAAAUUAUGA